AGCACUUUCUGUCUUCACCGUGCUGAAACAAUCGUCGAGAUGGCACGCCGCAUACUAUCGACCAGUUUAAGACUGAUUGAAGCGCAAAGCUUACUUAGAAUCACCGCGGACAGUCAAGCGUUUGUGAGAUCAGCUGCAGCAAUGGCGACACUAGCUCCACCCCGGAAUCCUUACUUCGACCCAUGAAUUUCCCCUUCAAGACCUUGAUGGGGCCGGGCCCUUCCAACUGCCCCCCUCGAGUACUUGCGGCAAAUGCUUUGCCAAUGCUUGGCCACCUGCAUCCGGAAUUCACGGAGAUCAUGGAUGAAGUGAAGGCAGGAAUCCAGUAUGCCUUCCAAACGAAAAACAGCUGGACAUUUGCAAUUUCAGGGACAGGCCAUGCUGCAAUGGAGGCCAUGGUCGUCAACUUGCUGGAACAAGGUGAAACUGCGCUUGUCUGUGAGAAUGGAAUAUGGGGGCUGAGGUUUGCUGAAAUGGUUGACAGAAACGGGUCAGUGGCAAAGAAACUCCUUCGGCCAAUGGGAGAGGUGUUUACAUUGAGCGAAAUAGAGGAGGGUCUAAAGGCCAAUAAACCAACUAUUUUGUUUAUAACUCAUGGGGAGUCGUCCGGAUCCACAGCUCAACCAUUGGAGGGACUUGGGGAUCUCUGUCACAAGUACAACUGUCUGUUGGUGGUGGACUCGGUCGCUGCCAUGGGAGGGGUUCCUAUCUUCAUGGACCAGAUGGGAAUUGAUGCCUUGUAUUCCGGCUCCCAGAAAGUGCUAGCCCCACCUGGGCAGCGGCCUGUGUCAUUCUCUGACAGAGCCAGAGAGAAGAUACAGAACCGCAAGACGAAAGUGAGGUCAUACUAUUUUGACGCUAACGAGCUGUCUAAUUACUGGGGAUGUGAUGCAGGACCAAGGAGAUAUCACCAUACCGGCCCAAUCAGCAGCUUCUAUGCACUGAGGGAGGGACUUGCACGACUGGCUGAAGAGGGUCUGGAGUCGAGCUGGGCACGACACAAGCAGUGUGCAGAGAUGCUGCAUGAUGGUGUAGAGAAGCUGGGUCUGCAGCUGCUGGUGAAGGACAAGAAUGUCCGCAACCCGUGUGUGAAUGCCAUCAUGGUUCCCGACGGAGUCAACUGGAAAGAUGUGGCAGACUACGCCAUGAAAAAUUACCGAGUGGAGAUCUCCGGGGGUCUCGGCAGCCUGGCGGGGAAGGUGUGGCGAGUUGGCGUUAUGGGGUACAACUGUACUCCUGACAACGUACGUCUCGUUCUACGUGCACUGGAGGAGGCGCUGAAACAAUGCAGGAAGUAACCCAAGGUCACAACAGUAUGACCACAGAAAAACAGAAACAAGUAUUUGGGGGCGUGCUCUUUCCUGAUUUCAUUUUGGUGUAUUUAGUCCUUUAACCUUAUCCUACACUAUACUACACAACAUUGGCUAGGGACAGUCCUGUAUAUCAAUACAUUAGGGGUGGGUAUUGCAGAGAAUUUUCAUAUUGCGAUAUAUUGCGAUGCGGAAGCAUAUAUUGCGAUAUGUAUUGCAAUAUAUUGCAAGGAUUAUUUUUUUAACAAAAACUACUUA